AUGUCGAGUAUAACGGAUAAUGACACAAAUAUUGGAUCGGCGCGAGGCGAGGCGUCGACCACCUCCGGUGAUAUCGUCAGCGGUCUCAUCGGCGGAGGGGGCUCAUCAGGCUCGGCGCUGAUGAUGACCCUAUUGCCUGCACUCGCAUAUGCCAUGUUUUGGAUCUGCCUAUUUCUGAUAUUUCGGCGAACUCAGCGCCGAUGGUACGCUCCAAGAUCCUACUUACCCGAUCUACAUGAGCAUCAACGGAGUCCCGAGUUGCCUUCUGGCUGGGUUAACUGGCUCGGGACAUUUUUGAAAAUUGAAGAUAAUCAUGUCCUCCGCCACUCAUCGCUAGACGGUUAUCUUUUCCUGCGAUUUUUGCGCGUCCUUGCUGCCACAUGCCUGACGGGCUGUCUGAUUACAUGGCCCAUUCUGUUGCCUUUUCAUGCCACUGGGGGCAACGGCAAUACUGAGCUCGAUAUCCUGAGUUUCAGUAACGUCAAGAACCCCAACAGAUACUAUGCCAAUGUUGUAGUAGCAUGUGUUUACUUUACGUUUGUGUUCUAUGUUGUGGUCAGAGAAAGUCUGUAUUACGCAAACCUCCGCCAGGCCUACCUUAACUCACCUGCCUACGCAUCUCGAAUGUCGUCCCGUACAGUCCUCUUCAUGUCAGUCCCAGACGCUUACAAGAAAGAGAAGAAACUACGACAAAUAUUUGGAGAAUCGAUUCGCCGAAUCUGGAUUACCUCCGACUGCUCAAAAUUGGAAAAGAUAGUUAAUGAACGAGAUCGACUAGCCGAGAAGUUGGAAACCGCAGAGACCAAACUCAUUCGGCGAGCAAAUAAAAUCCGCACCCAAGCAAUCAAAACAGGCGAAUUGAAUAUCGACAUGUGCCUAGACUGCGAGUCAAGCAACCCAGUAUGGUCUCACAAGGUCAAACGUCCCAUGCAUCGACUCAAAUUUUUUGGCGAAAAGGUCGACUCUAUCCAUUGGUAUCGGGCUGAGCUUGCAAAGAAAAUUGAACAAGUAUCAAAUCUGCAAGCCAAGCACCAAAAUGGUGAAACAAAACAGCUCGGUGCGAUUUUUGUCGAAUUCGACACCCAGGCCGAUGCACAAGUCGCCCUCCAAACCCUGUCACAUCAUCAGCCAUUUCAUAUGACGCCUCGCUUCAUUGGAGUUUCACCUCGCGAGGUUGUAUGGUCGGCACUAAAUCUUAGUUGGUGGCAAAGAAUUGUUAGGAGAUUCGCAAUCCAGGGAUUCCUGGCGGCCAUGGUCAUCUUUUGGUCAUUUCCUGCGGCCAUAGUUGGUGCAAUUUCGAACGUCACAUACAUCUGCACGCUGAUUCCAUUCCUUCACUUCAUUCUUGACCUGCCCGAUUUCAUGAAAGGAGCGAUUGAGGGUCUUCUGCCUGCCGCGGCACUAGCGGCGUUGAUGUCACUAGUGCCGAUAAUAUGUCGCAUAUGCGCCAGACGGGCUGGAGUACCAUCGAUGGCGCGAGUUGAGCUGUUCACACAAAGCGCUCACUUUGUCUUUCAAGUUGUACAAGUGUUUUUGGUCACGACCUUGACGUCGGCUGCGUCGGCUGCUACAGCACAAAUUGUGAAGGAUCCUCUCUCGGUCAAAGAUUUGCUGGCACAGAACCUACCUAAGGCGACUAAUUUCUACAUUUCUUACUUCAUGCUGCAAGGACUGAGCAUGAGUUCCAUGGCCCUUGUUCAAAUUGUCAGUGCCUUGGUGUUCAAAUUUGUGACCACAUUCUUUGCUUAUUCCCCUCGUCGUCUGUUUCAAGGAUGGGCUCAAUUUACCAGUCUAGGUUGGGGCAACGUCUUCCCCAUUUUCACCAACAUGGCUGUAAUUGCUUUGACCUAUUCAUGCAUCGCGCCGCUAAUUCUAGGAUUUGCCUUUAUCGGACUUUAUCUUGUAUACCAAGCCUACAGAUACAAUUUCCUCUUUGUAUAUGAUAUUCAAGUCGACACAAAGGGAUUAGUCUACCCACGAGCCCUGCAACAUUUGCUAACAGGUCUCUACCUGGCGGAGAUUUGCUUAAUUGGUCUUUGCGCCAUCAAGGGCGCCAUCGGUCCAGUCAUCAUCAUGGCGCUAUUCCUGGUCGGCAAUAUCCUGGCACACAUGUCGCUCAACGAAGCACUCGCCCCACUGAAUACUUUCCUACCACGAUCUCUUGACGCCGAAGAGGAAAUGCUCCAAGAGAAAGAAGAAGCAGCAGCAGCGAUCAACGAAGAGCGUCGCCCUCGCGCAAUGGCCUUCUGGAGAUGGUUCCACCCGAACGUAUACAAAGAUUACGCAGCAUUGCGUCAAAAAGUUCGCCGCAAUCUUGAGGAAAUCUCGUACACACCAGAAGAGAUGCGCACAGCAUAUUUCGAGCCAUGUGUAUCAUCACCGCCACCGACUUUGUGGAUCCCACGCGAUAAGUGGGGUUUCAGUAACCAUGAGGUUAUAGAGACUGAUUCAAUAAUCAACAUCACAGAUGAGGGUGCGCACUUGAAUGAGAAGAACAAGAUCGUGUGGGAUAAAUAUGAUCCUCAUCUUCCUUUACGGGAGUUGAAGACCUUGUAUUGA